GGUAAGAUGAACUUUAUUUCCGAGCCUCUGGCUGAUGCAGUUGAUUUGAACAGUCACUAAGAACUCUUCCCAACCGUGAGAACCUGCUUUGGGCGUAGGGGAAAAGCAUCUGUCUCCCGCCCCCAACCGGCUGGAAAUUAAGUAGACUUCGACGGGCAGGGAGGGUCAGCUGUUUGUUGCUUAUAAAAGACCCGAACAAAACAAAGGACAGAGACGCUGCCCUUCCCGCUGCUACUUGGGUUGCUCUAGUAAACAGAAGUCAUGGGCCUGGAGGCUGCUGUUGCUUAUUGAAUUAAGCUAGCUCCGCUGGCAGGUGUAGCCUGUGCUGAGUUUCUCUAUUGACUCCUACCAGGGAGCUUGGUUUGAUGUUUAACUUGGAGAAUCCGUUCACGGAGAGGGGACACUUCUUCUCUUCCAUGGAAUACCAGCACCAGCUGGAAGAGGAGGGCUACCCACCUCCGGGUAGCAAUAGGAGCCUGAAUGAGAGUGACUCUGGGCCGAGGGGAGGCACCCCUUACCCUCUCCACACCACUCUGACCCUCAUCAGCCUGGCGGGGCUACUCAUGCUCUUCACCAUCUUUGGCAACGUGCUGGUCAUUAUUGCCAUCUUCACAAGCCGAGCACUCAAGGCACCCCAGAACCUUUUUUUGGUUUCCCUGGCCUCAGCCGACAUCCUGGUGGCCACACUGGUCAUCCCCUUUUCAUUGGCCAAUGAGGUGAUGGGCUACUGGUACUUUGGCAAGGUCUGGUGUGAGAUCUACCUGGCCUUGGACGUGCUGUUUUGCACCUCCUCCAUUGUGCACUUGUGUGCCAUCAGUCUGGACCGCUACUGGUCCAUCACCCAGGCCAUUGAGUACAACCUCAAGCGCACGCCACGCCGCAUCAAGUGCAUUAUCUUCAUUGUUUGGGUCAUCUCGGCUGUCAUUUCAUUUCCGCCCCUUAUUUCCAUCGAGAAGAAGAACGGACAAAAGGCCAACCAGAAGGUGCUUGUGUGUGAGAUCAAUGAUGAGAAGUGGUAUAUCAUUUCCUCCUGCAUCGGCUCCUUCUUCGCCCCCUGCCUCAUCAUGAUCCUGGUCUACGUACGUAUCUAUCAGAUUGCCAAGAGGAGAACACGGGUGCCCCCCAACAAGAGAGGAGAACACCCUAGUAAGAGACAAAAUGGCUUGGCAGACAAGGAGGAGCUGCCAGCAGCGGCGAAGCUCAAUGGGGAGAAGGUGACAGAGGGAGGAGGAGGGGAAGGAGGGCAGGGGAGAGAGCUCAAUGGCAUAGACAUGGAAGAGACUUCCUCCUCUGAGCACCACGAGAACCACCAGUGCAGGAAGCAGGGGAGGCCACAGAGAUGCAAGGGCAAGACCAAGCUGAGCCAGAUCAAGCCUGGGGACAGCUUGCCCAGAACGGUGGAGGAGGAGAGGAAUGCCAAAGCAUCCCGGUGGAGGGGUAGGCAGAACCGGGAGAAGCGCUUUACCUUUGUGCUGGCGGUGGUGAUUGGGGUCUUUGUCAUAUGCUGGUUCCCCUUUUUCUUCACCUACACACUCACUGCUGUCUGCAAGAGCUGCUCUGUGCCUGAAACCCUCUUCAAAUUCUUCUUCUGGUUUGGUUACUGCAACAGCUCCUUGAACCCUGUCAUCUACACUAUCUUCAACCAUGACUUCAGAAGGGCCUUCAAAAAGAUCCUCUGUAGGAUAGACAGGAAACGGAUUGUUUGAUGAACGACCCUUCUGUGUCAGCAUGACUGGUGAUUAAAGACCCCACCGUGUGAGGAUGAUGCACAGUUCCCAUGGGCUGGAUUUGCAAGUGACUAGUUUCCUCUGACAUGCAGGUGGUACCCCCUUUAAAAACUGAGAUGAAACUAUUAAACACCAAGCAACAUUAAGAAAGCAAGCAAGCCAAACACACAGCCUCAAUCUUUGGGUUUGCUUGCAAAUGGAUCUGUUCUGGCUUGCCUUGGCUUUAGAUGGGUUCAUGACUUAUAAGCUUGACUCUUUAAAGUUAAUUACACAUCCCAAAAUAGCUCAUCUGGGCCUGAAUAUUUUCACUUUUUUGAUUUUUGAAUGUCAUUAAUUUUUAAAUGCAUUGUAAAAAUACAGCCCUGAGAUCUAUCUUAAUUUUUGUAAGGCUGUCAGCUUUGAAACUAAGAAUGCUUUAAAUAGUCUUGUCAACUUGAAGUAUAAAAACAAUUGGAGCCAUUUCAUCAACCCUACAGUUUGAUAGUAUUACCAAGAUUUCCAAUGUGUUGUUGGAUUUUUGGCUAUAAAUCUUGUAAGACCUGACUAUAUUGGAGGAUAUUUUUCAUACCUGAUUCUGUUUUCUUUUUGUGCUAUUAGUAGUGAAAGAGGCGUGUUGCCUUUUCAGCAACACUAACUGAAAAAAAAAGACUAACAGUUUCACAGUGAAAUCAGAAAUUAUCCAAAAGAGUGAGAACAAUUAGCUCAUUUUGCUUGUAGUGUGAUGCUCGAAAACAACCAAGUUUUUGAAGGGUUAAUAUAAAGUACUAUCUCGUAACAUGUGUUCAAUGCUAACUUGAUUUCCCCACCCCUGAUUGUAAAUAGAUAACAUUUUAAAGUAAAUAUCAGGGUUACAUAUAUCAUGUUAUCAGAUUUGUAUUGAUUUUUGACAUUUUAAUUCCUUCUGGGUUUCCUGCACAAGAAACCAGGUUUCAUGCACAAAAGCAAUUCUGCCUUUUUGAGUUACCUGAUUAGAUUUAAGAUUUUAAUUUUCUAUGUUCAUCUUCAGUGGAAGCUGGUGAACUAUCCAUUUUUUUUAUGUGAAUCUUAUACAGGAAAAACCUUUAAAGCAGGAGAAACUUGUAUACAGUUUCUCCUAUAUUUUAUAAUGUAAAUAUACUUUUAAAAAUGUGUAAAUAGUAUUAUAAUAAGAAAGAGAGAGUUAAUAUUACAAUGCCAUUUUUCAGACGUAUCAAUUAUAAAACGACAAAUCUAACAUUCUUGUGCAGGGAGAAAACAUCCUGAAGAAUAUUAAAAAGGAUAAACUGCCAUUCAUAAUAAAUUGUGGGGAACCCUUUUAAUGUUAUAACAGCUUGGUUUAAAUACUGACAGGUCACAGAAAAGAUGUAGAAAACGAAACAUUUGUUUAAAUCACUCCAGUGUAAGCAGUAUUUGACUAGACAAUCAGCAACUGUCAAGUGUAAAGUAACAGGCUUGAAGGAGAAUGAGAUCUUUUAUUUCCAAGAGUGCUUAUAUUCCUUUUGUUCUUGUCUUUUACUUUGUAAUUAACUCCAAAGGUCCCAUGGUGAAUUAUGGGAGUUGGACACCAAUGUUUACAUCCACAUAAGUUUUCAGAGCUGAAUCCUUGAGAGGUGACGUCAUGGGGUAGGGGGUGGGGAGGGGGAGAGAAAGCUUUCCUUUACCUUUAAAAAUCAAAAGUCAACAAAGUUGCUAUAGCAGAUUUUUAUUAAAUAAAAAAGUUUACAGAUUAAAUGUGAAA